CCCUCUCUGUUCCCUUUUCCGUCUCUUUUUCUCACAUGCACACACCCCCACCUCCACACCUUCCCUCGUACAGCCGAGACGCUUUUAGUCUCCAAACCCAUCUCCAGAAGCAUGUCCUCAAACAGGCAGCCAUCGUGCGAUGAACCGGACCAAAAGGCACCACCAGCAUGAAAGCAGUGGCCAUGGCUAUUAACCAUGAAGACAUGCUCAUUGCUUCCUUCUGUCAACAAAAGCCUCUUUGGUGCUACACUGAACACACACUCUCUGAAUAUGCCAUCCAAGUGCGAGAAAGCCCAGUGGACUGCUUAAUGCCCACUGUUCUAUCUGAGUAGGAGGUGGCAACAACAGACCAAAUGCCAUGGAUGUAUUCAAUUUCACCUACUGGAAUGCCUCUGAAGGCAACACCACAGACGUUGUGGAAGAGAGCAGAAGUGCCUACAAGACUGUGGAGGUGGUGUUCAUCGUGUUGGUGGCCGGUUCGCUCAGUUUGGUUACAGUUAUUGGAAAUAUUUUGGUCAUGCUUUCCAUCAAAGUUAAUAGGAACUUACAGACUGUCAACAACUAUUUUUUAUUCAGCCUCGCAUGUGCUGACCUAAUCAUCGGACUGUGCUCUAUGAACUUGUAUACAGUCUACAUAGUAAUGGGCUACUGGCCUCUGGGGCCGGUGGUGUGCGACCUGUGGUUAGCCUUGGACUAUGUUGUCAGUAAUGCAUCUGUCAUGAAUCUUCUCAUCAUAAGCUUUGACAGAUACUUCUGUGUGACCAAGCCCCUCAGCUACCCUGUCAAAAGGACCACCAAGAUGGCAGGAAUGAUGAUUGCUGCAGCCGGGGUCUUGUCUUUCAUCCUGUGGGCCCCUGCCAUUCUCUUCUGGCAGUUCAUAGUUGGUGGGCGAACAGUACCUGAGAAGGAGUGUUACAUCCAGUUCUUCUCUAAUGCUGCCGUCACAUUUGGCACAGCCAUCGCCGCCUUCUACCUGCCUGUCAUCAUCAUGAUUCAGCUCUACUGGCAGAUCUCAAGAGCAAGCAAGAGCCGUGUGAAGAAGGAAAACCGCAAGCCAUCAGGGGCCAACCCGGAACCCCUGUCGCCUGGCCAGAGGGGGAACAACACGCCAAAACCCAACAACAAUAACGUACCAGGGGAGGACACCGGACGUUCCCUGAGCCAGAAUACUGAUGAUGGAGUCAACCAGCAUGAUGGAAAACUGCAGAAUGGUAAAGGACCUUCCUCAACAAAUGCUGAGGGAGAAAUCGAAGGGGAUGAUGGUGCAAGGGAGAACUGCGCUCAUGGAGAAGAGAAGGAAAGCUCCAAUGACUCUACAUCCUGCAGUGUGGCUGCAUCCAACCAGAAGGAGGAGGAGGUGGCACCCUCUGCUGCUAACUCCAGUGCUGAGACAAACCAGCCACUCCCACGUCCAAGAGCCAAGGCAGGGGGCUCCAAGCUGACCUGCAUCAAGAUCAAGACCAAAUCACCCAAGAGUGACUGUUACACACCAUCCAAUGCCACUGUGGAGAUUGUCCCAGCCACAGAGCGGCAGAAUCAUGUGGCUCGGAAAAUUGUGAAGAUGACUAAGCAGCCUCCCAACAAGAAGAAGAAGGCAGCACCGUCACGGGAGAAAAAAGUGACCCGCACCAUAAUGGCCAUCCUGGUAGCUUUUGUAGCCACCUGGACUCCUUAUAAUGUAAUGGUGCUUAUUAACACCUUCUGCUCCAGCUGCAUCCCAAGCACAGUGUGGACUAUUGGUUACUGGCUGUGCUACAUCAACAGCACCAUCAACCCUGCCUGCUACGCUCUGUGCAAUGUCACAUUUAAAAAGACAUUCAAACAUCUUCUCCUCUGCCAAUAUAAAAAUAUUAGGUCAGGCAGAUAAAUACGGGCCACUUGGGAAGAGGAGCUGAAGUACGAGUUGCCUGUGUGUGUGUGUGUGUGUGUGCUUGUGUGUGUCAGUGAAAGAGGUUUGUGAGCAUGAUAACGACUGCAAGAGUAUGUUUGAAAUUACUUUCCAUAAUUUGAUCACAAGUUUUCCUAUUUCUCUUUCAAUAACCGGUUGUAGCACUUUACACAAAUCCAACUGAUGCCAGUUGCAUUGAGAUGUGUCGUGCAGAAGCAGUGCAGAUAAGGAGGGAUGUGAAAAAUUCAGUGUUAUUCAGUCGUACGCUCAGAAAUAAGGGUGUGUAAAGCAAGGAGCACUUAGGAGUGACACUGAGCUGAUUAAAAAAAAACGACCAAAAAAGAGUGGAGGAAGAUCUGCACUGUUCGAGAACGCAAGAAAACUUCUAAAUGGGAAAAUAGGGCUGACUGAAUUUACAAGCUUCUGAAGUUUGAAGUUCAGUGAAGAUAACUGUAGAUAACUGUACAUAUCAGUGUAUACUCUAUUUGUGUGGGCACGUGUGGGUGGGUGUGCUGGCUCAAAGUAUGCGUGUGCACCCGUGUGUGUCUGCCUUCUUGUGAUCAUCAUCUUCCUAAAGGGUAAAUUGGGGCAGCAUGUACAGGUUGCGCCUGACAUGUUCACAUCAGGGUUGGAUGCUGUGGGAACGAGCUGCUGUCAAUACACAACAGUGUAUAUGUGUGUACAACAACAUAAAUAUGUUGCUGUCAAAUUUGCACUCUGGUGGAACCAACCAGUGGCCAGAAACAAGUUUAUACUUAAAGAGCUGGUUCAGCCACAUUACAAAAUAAAAGCAUUUUCUCAUUUACUGAGGUUUAACAACACAAGUGGUUACAGUAGGUUGAUUAUAUUUGACAAGGUUUGAAAUAUUUGUCCCCAAAUUUUAGCCUCUACCCCAAAACAUUGGUGAAUGUCAUUUGGGUUACAUUAUUUAAUCCAGAGUCUUAUUUGAAAGCAGAUGACAGCAAGAGAGAAAUGAUUUUUGUAAUUUGGGUGACCAACUCUUUAUAUUUGAAGUACAUAUAUUAAUGACCCAUAUUGUUCCAUAUGAUACAGAUAUAUUUAUCCAAAGGAUGAAGAUAUACUCAACUCUAAAAUGUGCUUUGAACCAGUUGUUGAGAAUGAACCCCCCACUCUGGUUUGAAGGAGCAGUCUGACAUUUUGGGAAAUAUGAUUAAUCACUUUCUGGUCAAGAAUUUAAAGGAAAGAUUAAUGCCACUCAUAUUUUUAGAUAUGAAACUGGGGCCAGGUGACAGUUAGUGAUGUGGAAACAGCUCACCUGACUGUGCCAAAAGGUUUAAAACAAUCCAUCUGGCACCUCUAAACCUUACUAAUUAACAUGCAUCUCGUUUGUUUAAUCUGUACAAAAACUGAAUAAAAUUGGUGGUUUGGUUGUGUGUGAGACAGAAAUUUCCUGAAGCGUUGUCAUCAUUGUGCACUGGCCAAGAAACACAACAUGGAGAAACAAAAU